AGAAUAAACUUCGCAACGCCCCUCAGAGACGGAGUUUCGCAUUUUUAAAUGUCUGUUUGGGCCUGUGGGGACUCGCAGGCUCGUGUUCUUCGUCGACUGCGCACUAUCGAAUUUUCUAUAUGGAUUUUCCGAGCCGAGGCGGCCGAAUUGGAAAGAUGGUCUCGAAGGCAGCAGUGCACCCCGGAGCAAUGCGGUCGUAUGACACCCCUUUCAAUAGGUGAGUCACCCCGGAGGUUUCGGUUCAGACGAAUUAUCACUGUUUCGUUCUAAUGGGGGAGUUUUGAGUGGUGGAAAAUGACGAGUAUUCUUGCAUUUGAUCGAUGAGAAUGGGGUCCAUCUGAACUAUGCCACCCCGUGUUUCGUUGCGCAAGGUUUGCUUAGUUGUCGUACUGGUGGCCGCCCUCUUUCUGUUCGUCUCGAUCCAAGACGGCUUCUCCUGGUACACAACCAACAGGUACUACUGGAAAACGAAUCAAGUGCAAGAUGAACCCCCUAAAGUACAACCCUCCGUCCCAAAACCGCAGACAAAGGCGGAACCAGAACCCCCCGUAGUGACAAAGAACCCUGAGGAGGAUGCCUCUGAGGUCAGGCCCAAAGGCAAGGCUUGGUUCUUCAGGGGAGGUACGGAAUAUCCGGAGAACUUGAAGGGUCACCUGAGGCUGUUUCCGGAACAGCAUGAGGGUGACAGGAUCGAGGAGCAGCUGAUGUAUGUACCGGAGGAAUAUCAAGAGUACGAAUCGCCCGAGAAGCUGAUCUUAGCCUACAAUGGUCUAGGGACAUGGGCUCAAAAAUCAGGAUCUCUAACGUUCCACGGGUGUCCAGUCAACAGAUGUUCCCUGACAGAUGACAGAAACAAGGCGCAAGAUGCCGAUGCCAUCUUGUACAAGGACCACUUCAUCCAUCCUGGCAUAAUGCGACCCAAGAAUCAAAUAUGGAUCCUGUACUUCUUGGAGUGUCCCUACCACACUCAGAGCAUAAGGUUCGCCAAUUUGAUUAACUGGACGGCCACCUACAGGAGGGACAGCGACCUGGUAGCACCUUACGAGAGAUGGACUUAUUACGAUCCCCAGAUCAGGAGCAAACCUCAAACGAGGGAUUACGCCGCGAAUCGAACAAAAAAAGUCGCUUGGUUCGUGUCAAACUGCAGCGCCAGAAACGGAAGGUUGGCUUACGCCAGAGAACUGGGAAAGUACAUUUCGGUGGAUAUUUACGGCACCUGCGGCCCCUUGAAAUGUCCUCGAACUGACAAGAAGUGCUUCGAGGUCCUCGAGAAAGAGUACAAAUUUUAUCUGGCCUUCGAGAACUCCAACUGCAGGGAUUACAUCACGGAGAAAUUCUACGUGAACGGAUUGGGUCAUAAUGUUCUUCCAAUUGUUAUGGGUGCGAGGCCUGAGGAUUACCAGAGAAGCGCCCCAGAAGGCUCCUACAUUCACGUGGAUGAAUUCAACAACCCCCGUGAGCUGGCCCAGUACCUUCAUCGGCUGGACAAGGACAACGACCUGUACAACUCGUACUUCAAUUGGAAAGGCACCGGGGAAUUCAUAAAUACGUAUUUUUGGUGUCGGCUCUGCGCCAUGCUUCACGCACCUUUGACUCAUAGGAACUACGAAGAUGUUAACGAAUGGUGGAGGGGUGCAGGAGUCUGUACAUCGAAAUCGUGGAGGAAUUCGGAUAAUGGAUAAGUGGGGAAGGCAGGCACUGAAUUUUCCUAGAAUUUUUACGGUCUGGAGAUGGUGGAUGAGAGAAAACGGAGAACGCGUCUUUCCAUGUGAUUUUGAACCUGAGGUUUAUUUUAUGAGAAAAUUCGUAGAUGUUAGAUUAUUGAACGCCUCAACCCAACACCUAUCCUACAAGUAACAAGGGGAAUUGAUUAUGUUUCGUAGAAAAAUCAAGGUCGACGUGUACCUGAAUGCCAUAAGAUGUUUUAGAGAUAGCAAAACUCAUGUCAACUGUUCAUGAAGAUCUGUCUUGUUGAAAAUCAUGCCUAUCUAAGUUUGGCAUGAAAAUGCUUAAUACUUUUUUACUACGACACCUACUUUGAACCAUUCGAACAAUUUCUGGCGUUCAGUAAUCUUAGGCUUAAUACAGUCAGAUAUAUUUUCAACUGAAAGAAACGCAAAUGCAAAGUAGCCUCACAGAAAAUCUGCUGACAUUAAAAUAUAGUUUGUUCGAUUUCUGUUUCAAGAAAAACUUUUACCGCAGUAGGCCCCUUGAAAUUAUAAAAAGUGGCACACAUGGAGGAAAAACUACUGAUGGAAAAGGAAAUAAGUAAGAAUCGUUUACUAUUUUCCCAUUUCUAUAAGUGGAUGGGAUGUUUCACUUGUCGUGCCGCUGAAAAGUCGUUUGGUUAUUUCACUUUGGUUUUUUGAAACUCCAGAAGACUUCUGGGAAAUUGAAUUCCGGAAAAUGAAUAUAUUUUCUUUGUUUCUCAUUAGAAUGAGAAUAGGGGAAAAACUUGUUUCCUAUCUAGUUUUUCCAGUUAUAAGUGUCAACAAAUAUCGCACAAUCUAAGGCGUAAAAUCCUGUAGUAAAUUCCUGAACACUUUUAUAACCGAAAUAUUGUGAUAUUAAUGAAUAUUGUAAAAGGAGAUAUGUGACAAGGGAAGAAAUUGUAAAUAAAAAUGAUGUUUUG